AACAUCACUGAAUUCAGACUUUCAGACUCCGCUCACUGGCCCGUCGCUGGCGACAACCCCGCGGACAAGAGCACCCACACGGAGUUCGACAUGGAGGGCGUGUGGCGCGGCAUGGAGGAGUACCGCCGCCUGGGCCUGGCGCGCUCCGUCGGCGUCAGCAACUUCUCGGCCACCAAGAUGGAGCGGCUGCUGGCGCUCGCCGCCGUGCCGCCGGCCGUGAACCAGGUGGAGCUCAACGUGGGGUGGAGGCAGGAGAAGGUGCGGGAGGUCUGCGCGCGGCACGGCGUCGUCGUGGCCGCCUACUCACCGCUGGGCGCGUACGGCGCAUCAUGGGGCUCAGACGCCGUGAUGCACAGCGGCGGCAUGCACGACGUCGCCGCGUACGGCCUCUUCGGCAUGGGGUGUGGCGCGGCCUGGUCGCGCUCGACUCGCGCGCAAUGCGAUGCGAGCACGGCCGGCGUCCACGCUGGCCCUCGUGGACCGUGGUCUCGUCCGAGCCCAUCGCUCCCAGCUGGUACGCCGGCACCGACCGGUCCAUGAUGCUGGGCAACUGCCUCUUGCGCUCCGGAGGGACGAGCCGUUGCCGGGAGCACCGUCAGCAUCUCCAGCAAGCGGUUGCGCGCGGCGUGGAAGGCGUCGGCGGGGCUCUCCAUCGAGAGGAACCCGGCGGUACGCGCAUAGAUGCUGGUCUCCAGCGCGAGGGAGAAGAGAGGCGGCCGGAGGAGCAGCGCGCUACCGGCUGCCAGGUCGGAGGGGCGGCGGCUCGACUCGGACUCUACACAAGAGCUCAGUGCGGAAGUGAGGCUGGAGGAGAGACUGGGCUAGUGGGGUGGUGGGUUCCCAGCGGGCUAAAUGGGACAACCCACUUAUUUCUUCUGUUGUCCAACGGGUGCCCAUCAAGAUGAUUAAGUGGGAUGAGCUUAAUUAGUCCCACUUAUGCCCACUCCCACCUGCAGCCUGACGUGGAGCAGACAAUCUUGAAGCAGAGCACUCCUGAUUAUGGCCUGGCAUUAAAGUUGAAUAUGAUUUUUCUUCGUAUAAUGUUUCAAACUCUUAAGCAAGCAAUUAAUAAGCCUUGUUUUUUUGC